GUGUGUGGAUGUGUGAUUGGUAAACUGUUGGAUUGAGUUUGAACUGAAGAGACAAGAAGCAAUGUCUCUCACAAUGGAGGAGGACAUCAGCUGUCCCGUCUGUCAGGACGUUUACAGGGAUCCAGUUGUCUUGUUCUGCAGUCACAGUUUCUGUCGACUCUGCCUGAAAAACUGGUGGGAAGAGAAGAAGAAACUGGAGUGUCCACUUUGUAAGGAAGAAUCUAUUACAAGUGACCCUCCAUGCAACCUGGCUUUAAAAAAGCUCUGUGACAGAUUCCUGUUGACGAGAAAGAAGAAAGUUACAAAACCAGAGGUUUGCUGCCGGCUGCAUGGUGAGAAAUUCAAACUGUUCUGUGUGGAUGACAAGGAACUUUUAUGUCUCGUCUGUCAGCAUUCAGUUGAUCAUUAUGGACACAAACUCCAACCUGUUAAUGAAGUAGCUCAGGGUCGGAGAAAUGAGCUGCGAAAGGCCCUGGGGCCGCUGCUGGACAAACUGAAGGUGUUCAAAGAAGAGAAGGGAAACCUGGAUCAGACAGCUGAACACAUUAAGCUCCAGACCCAACAAACCGAGACACGGAUCAAGGAGCAGUUCAAGAAGCUUCAUCUGUUUCUCCACAAGGAGGAACACUCCAGGAUUGCUGCUCUGAGGACAGAAGAAAGCAAGAAGACUCAGAAGUUAAGCCUAAAGAUCGACGCCCUGAGUAGAGAGAUCGCUGCUCUUUCACGGACAAUAAAAGACACAGAGGGACUGAUAAAGGCUCAGGAUGCCGAAAUGCUGCAGAGCUUCAGGACUGCUGCAGAAACCAUCCAACAGCGCCUCCUGCUGGAGAAUCCUCAGCCUGUCUCUGGAGCCCUGGUAGAUGUGGCCAAACACCUGGGCAACCUGAGCUUCAACAUCUGGAACAAGAUGAAGCAUCUGGUGUCCUACACUCCUGUGGUUCUGGAUCCAAACAGCGCCAACUUUGAGCUCAUCCUGUCUGAAGACCUGACCAGCGUGAGAUGCGGCCAGAAGCAGAACAUUCCCGACAACCCGGAGAGGUUCGACUUCUUCCGCAUCGUCCUGGGCUCGGAGGGCUUCAUGACGGGAACCUACAGCUGGGACGUUGAGGUCGGAGACAACACAGACUGGUUUGUGGGCGUGGCCUCGCAGGACGUCCAGAGGAAAGGAAACCAUCCCAGCCGUCUGUGGAGAAUCGGCUGCAUUGACGGUCAGUACGUGGCCCGGGCCCUGUCGGAACCGUCCACGGUUCUGGAACCGAUGGGAAAGCUGAGCCGGAUCAGAGUCCAUCUGGACUGGAACCGGGGGAAGCUGGUGUUCUUCGACCUCAACACCAACACACACCUUCACACCUUCACACACUCAUUCAGUGAGAAACUGUUCCCCUACCUGAACACGCUGAAUGCGUCUCCUCUGAGGGUAAUACCUGAGAACCUCUGCCUGAAGUCCAGUUAGAGCACAAAGUGGUGCUGACCCGACACGUCCGGCUCGUUCACCAGCAACACGGGAAAAUGUCGUUACAAGUGGAAAAAAUCUGCCAGGGGCUUUAAAGAAACUCCUGACUUUCUGAAACGUUUGUGUUAUUUCAAGAUAUUUGAAGUUAAAAUUAAAAAACAUGUUUCUUGUUUUUGCAGUGAAGAAGCUGCGAAUCCGUCAUGAUGGAGUUUAAAAUGUUAUCUCACUGCUCAGCCAUGUCUCAUUUCAUGAGCCUUUUUCUUAAUGUUUCACAGUGAAAUGUGGUCAAAUGUGAGAUUUAAACUGUCAUAAAAUGUUG